GUUGGCGACAGUCAUUUUAAUGAAGCCAAUAAAUCCCUCAGCAAUUUUCUGAAAACUCUGAGCAAAAGUGGCCAAAUAGCUCCGACAGUGCACAAACAAGCCCUAACAAAGGAAAUUGUUGAGAAACUUUACGAAGAAGGCGAGCUUGUUGACAUCGAUUCUCUCCAACCACACAAAGUACAGCAGACGGCCUGGUUCUUCAUCAGUUUAUUCCUCGGAAAGAGAGGUCGAGAAAACCAGCACCUGCUUAAGAAACACAUGCUUAUCUCAAGGGAAGCGCCAAAUGGUGAAAAAUAUCUGGAAAUAAACAAAGAGCGCGGAGCAGUGUUGGCGACUAAAAACCAUCAAGGUGGCCUAGGUGAUAAAGAAGAUGAGUCAAACGGAAAAAUAUUUGAAAGACCAGGCUCAAAACGCUGCCCAGUGAAACUCAUCGAGUCCCAAAUGCAGCAGUUUAUUCCAGAAACCAAGAAGCUCGUGCAAAGCGUUUAACCCAGCAACGGAUCUUGUGUGGUACUGCUCGAGUCCACUUGGCUACAACACGCUUGAAAAUAUGCUACGAAGAAUGACAUCAAGAGCUGGAAUAAAGCCACAUCUAACAAACCACUCGAUCAGAGCGACCACCGUGACGGUUUUGUCAGCUGCAAACAUCGAGAGUCGGUACAUCAAGGCAAUAACCGGCCACCAAAGUGAAGAAAGCAUCAAGAGCUAUUGUGAUACGCCGACAUUCGAGCAGUUUAAAAGAAUGUCAAACGAGCUAAGUGAAUUCUUCGAUCCAGCUGGUGACGAUGACAAGGCUGUUACAGUCCCUCAGAAAACCGUUGCGUCGUCAUCGAGCCAGCCGCAAUCAGUAGCUACGAGCACUGCAAAUUAUUCCUUCCAGUCCAUUCAAGAUGGAUCACAGAAUCUUGUCCAUGGCUUCAUUCCCGGAGCCACGUUCCAUAACUGUAAUCUCAACUUUAAGGUGAGCUUUGGAGGAAGCAGCAGCAAAUAA